AUGUUUUGCAGGUGCGUCAACACAGUACAAACGCGUACCCGCCUGGCUCGUUGGACGGCACAUAGUUUGCGCUGGAGAGCUACCAUGACCGACGAGGUCGCGAAACUGCGAGUACAGUACUCGAAUACACCGCUUACCGAAGAGGAGGCUCGUGCAGCAGGCUCGCCGAUGCAUCUGUUCCAAAAGUGGUUUGAUGAAGCGAUUCGGGUUAAGAGUUAUGAGCCGAACGCGAUGACGCUAGCAACGGCGACUCCUGACGGGGUUCCAGCUGCACGAAUGGUUCUGCUCAAGGGUCUCGACCUCGAGAGAGCCACGUUCACAUGGUAUACGAAUUACGAGUCUAGGAAAGCGCAAGAACUCGACCGGAAUCCUCGCGCAGCGCUCGUAUUCUGGUGGCCGGAGCUAGAGCGUUCCGUCCGAGUCGAAGGCAGUGUAGAGAGACUCUCCACUGCCGAUUCGGAUGCGUAUUUCGCAUCGAGACCUCUGGGUUCGCGACUGGGUGCAUGGGCCUCGGCGCAGUCUCGGCCAAUUACGAGUCGUGAAGCGUUGGAGCGACAAGCAGCCCAAGUAGAGGAGCGCUUUGCGAAUGGAGAAGUACCGCGACCGCCACAUUGGGGCGGGUAUCGGCUUCACGCUUUGCGUUUGGAGUUCUGGAAAGGUCGCGCGAACCGUUUGCACGAUCGACUGCUUUUCGAAAGGGACUCGAAAUCGAGUGACCAUGAUAUGCAAUGGCGCAUGACGCGUUUGCAGCCGUGA